AUGCUUAUUGAAAUUAUAAGAGAAGGUCUGAAACUCUGGCAAAAUGAAUAUAGCAUAGAAUUUGGGAUCUUUAUUAAAGAAGGGUUUCAUUCUAGGCAUGCUAUCCUUUAUGAUGCCAAAAGUUGGUCAGACCAUAAGAGGCGUCAAUUAGCUGAUAGAUUAUUUCGACAAGAAUUAGCUGAAAAAUAA